AUGGUUUUAUACAUAUACGGAGAGGGUAACGGUCAUCGUGAGAGACGGAGAAAUCCAGUUGAUGGAGAUCCCGAUGGUGGUGGUGGUGAAGAUGAUGGUGAUGACAGUGAUUUAGGGUUUUUUUCGUACGGGAGGGAGAUAGAACAGUUAAGACGAUCGAGAUACAGGGGAAAUGUGAUCGAGAUCGAGGGAUUUGAGUUUCAGUUGAUGACUUGCAUACUCUCGGCAGAAACAGAAGGUGGAUAUGGCGGUGUGGGUGGUGAAUGGUUUCUCAUUUGCGCUUGUGAUCAGAUAUUGUUAAAAGAGGUGGAAAAGGUAGUGCCAGGAAGCGGUGUUGAUGGUGAAGGGGGUAUCUAG